AUGGCUGACCCAGAGAGGGUAAGUGAAAUAACUCGCGUGACUGGGGCGCCGAUAUCACUGAGCCUCGCGGUGACUGAUGACGUCAAUGCUGGCGGAAAUACCGCAGGUCGGCUUUGUUGGCUACAGCGCCGCCAGUUGAUGCCUUACUCGCGCACUGAAAUCUACUGUGCCCAGUUGGAAACUUCCGGCAGAGCUGUUCGCUCAAAACGACUCCUUAAGAGCUUCAACGCGAAUGAAGAACCCUCUUACGGGCUCAUUCAGGAUGACGACACUAUCCUUUGGACAAGCCUUUAUCGAAAAGUUUACCGAUCCCUCAAUCCAUCCGCUUCAAUCAACGUAAAGGGCGUUUGUUGCUCCAACGGGUUCCAGUCUAUGGCCAUCCGCAACAUCUGCAAGCGUUCGAUGACAAAUGCCUGCAGCUAUGACAAUGGUCGGUGCCGCUACUUCUGCCUUCCUGGGGGACGUGAGAUGGCACACGUGUGCAGGUGUCCCGAUGACCAGCCCAACUGCAUUACGGAACAUGCGAAUUCGCGUUUAGUGGACUACACGUAUUCCUGA